ACCAUGUGAGUAGGUGUUAAAUUGGCAGUUUAUGUUGAAACUUGGCUUUGCCAAUACUAAGUAAGACUUAGUGUUUAUAUUUGCUAAUAACCUGCAAAAUAGAAAUAAAUAGUAUUUCUGUGGCUUAACAAAUUUUAAAUUGGAAAGUUUGUUGUUUAAGAGCUUACUGCCAGAUAUAUUUGGAACCUCUUCAAGUUGAUCAGAAUUGUAACGUCUCAGUCACCGACUCUGCUGAGUAGCUGAGUUUGGAAACAGCCUACCUUUGCAAUGUGUGUUGGUGCAGAGGCAAAAUCAGAGCAGCAUAUGUUUUUCUUUUCAUAGCUCCCUAUACAGUCUUGGGCCACAGCUUUAUGAUGUGGGAAGUUUGGAAAUAGUCUCAUAAGGUGGCUGUUCUGUCCUGCUCUACUGCUAUUCCUGCAGCUUGUUGCUACCAGAGCAAUUGCUUGUGGACCUACACUUUGAACUCUGCUUUGGCGAUUCUACUGAUGUUGUUUUUUCCUUUAAGUUGGACCAGUUCCCUGACCUAUUUCUCAGCAUGGUCAUGCAAAAAGUUGUUCUAGCAUAACAGAGGAAGAAAUGCACCACAGCUGGUACUGCUUCUGGUCCUCAGGUGUGCUGAAUACAGCUUGUCAGACAGCAGAAAUCUCAGACUGAGUGUAACUCUUUGGUUUAUGUAUUUGCAUUUAAGUUUUAAAAUCUCAAUAUACAUUAACAAUUUAAAUGUUUACUCAUUGUAAGUGCCAGAUGCUACUGAGGUAGGAUUUGCUUAUGAAGUUGUUUUAGGAACAUGGAUGUGAGGGUUUGAUCUGGCUGUCUGAGGGAUGUACAGAGGUAGGGGGAUGAAUUUCGCUAGUGUAUCUCUUUCUUCAGCAGUUAUUCCUCAGGAUGGUCAAAUGACCAGAAACUUGUAGCAUGAACUCUGCCUCAAGGAUCUAGUGAUUCAAGACCAGUUUCAGUGUGAGAAAACAUGAAAUCAUCUCUUACUCUUCAGGAACACUGGCUGUGUAAAUAAAAACUUUGUUUCAGGUGUGAAUACAACACUAGUUUAUGAACGUGUUAUAUAUAGGACUUUUGCCUGUGUCUAAGCCACAUGUACUCUCAGAGCGCAAAAAUGAAACUGAUCUGGGAAAACAGUUCAAGUAAUGCCCAUGCAUUUGGGAUCUCUAAAGGUGAGGGUAGUGACUGCAGAGACUGAGGUCUAAAUUCCCAGUGGGAGACACACAGAUUAUGAUAUUCAUAAAUUUAGAGUCUUAUUUCACAGAAAGUACAGGAACUGCAAUGUACGAGCAUACAUGUUUUGUAGGGUUCAUUAAAAUUAAUUGCUAGUAAAAUAAGAUUUCUAAUAUGAGCAGAGAAUCAUAUCUUUAGUCAGUCCUUUGAUAAAUUUAGUAGCUCUCAAUUUGAUCAAGUAGAGGGUGUAUCCCCAGGCAUUCCUCUGACAGAGAGGACCCCCGGCAUCUGGAAGACUAUCCAAUUGCAUUGUAAAGAAACUUUAAGCAACAGUGGGUGACUGAAGAUGGAAGUCUGAGAGUGUUAAGAGAAAGAAAUGGUGUAAGAGAGGGCUUCAUUUUCUCUCAUGAGUAAAGUGAAAAUUACACCUGUCCUUAAGUAUUGUGAUUGGCGCCGUGAUAGAGAAAAAAAUGAUGAUCAUGAUGAAGUAUGCAGUGUGAGAAGUGAAGGUGGCAGUGUUCGAGGCUUCUCCAGAGGCAGAGGAAGAGGCAGAGGCAGGGGAAGAGGACGAGGCAGAGGAAACCCCAGAAGUAUGCAAAGAAUGAACUUUGAAUAUUCAGUUGGUUAUCACGAAUUGUAUGAUGAAGGGAUCGACCAAAUAUUUCAACCUGAGCUUAAUGCUACUGUGAUGUAUUAUUAUGGUGACGCAGCAGGAGUGCAGAUGUAUUCUGUGGAUGAAGCACUUCUCAAAGAAUAUAUAAAGCAUCAAAUUGAGUAUUAUUUCAGCGCAGAAAAUUUGGAAAGAGACUUCUUUCUGAGGAGAAAGAUGGACCAACAAGGAUUUCUACCUGUUUCAUUGAUUGCUAGCUUCCGGCGGAUGCAAGCUCUGACUACGAAUGCUGCACUCAUUUUAGAGGCCAUAAAGGACAGUACAGAAGUUGAAACUGUGGAUCAGAUGCUGAGAAAAAGGGUUGAUCCAGAAAAGUGGCCAAUUCCAGGUCCUCCUCCAUGCAGUCUGCCACCAACUGACUUUUCUCAGCUCAUCAAUUGUCCAGAAUUCAUACCAGGCCAAAGUUUUGGCUCACAUACUGAGUCUGCACCAAAUUCUCCAAGAAUGGAAAGCCUACUGAGUCCAAAGGAAAACACUGAAAUUAGUAAUUUUCAGACAAUAUCUAAAGGAUUGUCUACAAGUUUACCUGAUUUGGACUCUGAACCUUGGAUAGAAGUGAAGAAGAGGCAUCAUGCAUCCACCGUCAAACUAAAGGAAAAUAUUCCUAUGCCUGAUCAAACAUCAGAUCAACAGCAGCCACCCCCACCUUCAGAAGAGCAAGAACAAGAAGAACUUGAUUUUUUGUUUGAUGAAGAGAUGGAACAAAUUCAAUGUCAGAAGAAUAAAUUUACUGAUUGGUCAGACAGUGAUUCCGAUUACGAAAUUGAUGAUCAGGACGUCAACAAGAUUUUGAUUGUAACACAGACACCACCAUAUAUGAGAAAACAUACUGGAGAUCAUACUGUCAACCAUGUAUGCCAUGCAAAAAUUACAUCAGGACUUGCUAAAGUUAUUAAUGAUGGCUUAUACUAUUAUGAGCAGGAUUUGUGGAUGGGACAGAGUGAAAAUGAUGCCAUGAUGAAGCAAGAGAUUGAGAACUUUAAGAAGCUAAAUCUCAUUAGUAAAGAAGAAUGUGAUAGUCUUGCACCAGAACGAAUUGCUGAUCCAACCCAGGAAGUUCCUCCAGAGUUACAGAAAGGUUUGGCAGAGGAGCUGACUUGUAAUUCGUUAAAUUUUGAAGUACCUCCAAAAGCAGCAGUAGCUCAGUCACUGCCAACUGCAGUUCCAGAUUCCUCCCGUGUUCACCCUGGCUUCACCCCACGAACACCUCGCACCCCGAGGCUGCAGGAUCCCAACAAAACACCUAGGUUCUACCCUGUUGUUAAAGAAGCACAAUCCAUUGAUGUAAAGACUCCAAGAAAAAGAAAAACACGGCACAGUACAAAUCCUCCCUUAGAAUCCCAUGUUGGCUGGGUGAUGGACUCCAGAGACCACAGGCCAAGAACUUCCUCUGUGGGGAGUUUCAAUACUUCGCCUUCAGAAGGAACUCCACUAGCAGGGAGUUAUGGGUGUACCCCAAAUUCUCUUCCAAAAUUUCAACAUCCUUCUCAUGAACUGUUAAAAGAAAAUGGCUUUACUCAACAGGUGUACCACAAAUACCGUCGAAGGUGUCUAAUGGAGAGGAAACGGUUGGGAAUUGGCCAGUCCCAGGAAAUGAACACACUUUUUCGUUUCUGGUCCUUUUUUCUGAGAGAUCACUUUAACAAGAAAAUGUAUGAAGAAUUCAGGCAACUUGCUCUGGAUGAUGCAGAAGAACACUACAGGUAUGGAUUGGAAUGCUUGUUUAGAUUUUACAGCUAUGGCCUAGAGAAGAAAUUCAGGCAAGAAAUAUUCCAGGAUUUCCAAGAAGAAACAAAGAAAGACUAUGAAGCUGGUCAGCUAUAUGGACUGGAAAAAUUUUGGGCUUAUCUAAAAUACUCUCAGCACAAGACUCCAGCGGUUGACCCCAAACUGCAAGAAUACCUUAAUAAAUUUAAGAGACUGGAGGACUUCCGAGUGGACCCUCCUAUUAGUGAAGAAUCUGGCCGAAAGAGACCAGUUGCCGCAACAGAUGAGGAUUCAGGUCAUCGGAAAUAUCAGCCUAAUUCUUGUAGGCCACUUCUGGCCACUAAACCAACAGCUGCUUGUCAGACCCAGGCACCAGGAAACAUUACAGGUGGGAAUACUGUGCCAGCAUCCAUAGGCUGUAACAGUGCUGCCAUGAAAUCUAUAGAAAGUGAUGUACCAGAAAAAUAGACUGAAGACAAGCUUGAACCCUUAAGAAUCAACUUUUACAUCACUCUCUCAGUUUGGAGAUCUUCAAGGCGAGCCAAUCUAAUAAGUGAUUAAAAAUGUUAUGGAAGACAGAGGAUUGGAUUCACUUUUUCACAGGAUUUAGUUCUAAAACAUUUACCCUAGGAGAAUUGCUCUUGCUUUUGGGAUCAUCGGAAGGAUCCUGGGGAAGAUUCUUUAGCUUCAGUAUUGCUUUCUUCAAGCUUUUGUUUACAAACAACUGCAUUCCUUGCAUACGCAAAAAAUACUUUGGGGAUGCCUUACAUUUCAGCUCAUAUUUCUUAAAAAAGGUAUGAUACACCCAUGGUAUUUACUGUGCUUUCUUUACCCAGAUUUUCCCAUUAUUUGUAUUUUACCAAAGCAAAAGAUUACGUUAUAUAUAGAAUCUUAAAUGUAAAGGAAGGAGCUACACGAUUGGUUUGCUCUUUAACUAUUAAAAGUAUGCUUUUGUGCAAAAGUACACUUGAGAAUGUGCAGCUAAGUCUGAAACUGCAUUUCUGGAUUCUAUUUAGAGACAUAGUUUCUAUUUUUUUCAGGGUCUCCACAGUAUUUUAUUGAGUAUGGAGUUUGAGUGGACAUAACUGGGAUAGUUUUGCAGGUAUUUCCUUCAGUGCUGAUUCUUAAUAACUCAAGCAGCAGAAAAAUACAGGGAAAAACAGAUCUGGUGAUUUUGUAGGGUCUUUAAUUAACAAGCAGUAUCUACAGUUUGUGCAGGUUGUUAAAAUAGCAAAGUAUUCACAUUCUCAGCUUGAAAGGUGUCUUCGUUGGAAUUCACUGAUGGGUUUCAAGUGCUCCAGCAAGAGACAUCAUUUUUAAAAGUUUCUUUUUUUUUUUUUUUCCCUAUUUCAAGUUAAUAAAAAUGCGUUUGGAGGGAAACCAGGUAUUCCUUGUAAACUUCAUUUUUUGCUUUAUUUUGCAGCAUUGGAAUGAAGUUCUGCUCAAACUGUGCUAGCUAAGCCCAAAUGAUUUCAAACAGGUCUCAGUACUAUUUCACCGAAUGUAAAUUGCUCAGACAAAUCCAUUUCUGUAGCUGAAAAAUGGGGAGGCUUUUAUCCCAUGAUUUCUUACUAACUUUGUCCCUUUUUUAAGACUGAAAAAGAACUUGUCUCUUUCAAGGGUGAGAAUUAUUCCAUCUUUUUGUUAGUUAGCUGCAGAAAAGACUUCAGUUAACUUCUGAAGUAAAAAAAGUGACAUAAAGCACAAAUGCCUUAACCCACCAAGAUCUCCCACCUGAGUACGCAGCCAUGUGUGGGGUUUUAAACUUGUCUCAGAGGUGGUAACAACUCCAUUAAUUUUACCCAGUCUUUUGUAAGUGGCCUUCUAAAUGAAUUUAAAUGAACACAUUCCAGUAUUUCAAGUAAUAAUAUCCUAUAAAUAUGUGGAAGCAAUGCAUCUCAGUGUCAUGUUUGAUGUGACCCAUGCCUUUUGCUAUUCAAGAAAAUGAUGUGAAUGUAAACUUGGAUUGAAAUUGUAUAUACAAGUAAUAGAUUUAAAAUAAUUCCUUUCAGUUUUUCAUUGGGAAAUGUGCAGAUUAAGCUUUCAGUGUGUGCAAUUUUGUGUUAUCUUGCAAAAUUUUAUAACAGCAGCAAACUGAACAGUGUUGUGUAUCAACCUUUUUUUCCCCACCCCAAAGUGUGAAGAAAAAGGACUUGAAAGAGUGUGCCACAGAUUUGCUUCUGUACUCCUGUUGUUUCUGGUGCGCUAAGGUCUCAGGGACACACAGCCUGUUGAUGGCUGAAGUGAUUCUUGGAGUGUGAGCCACCUUUCUUCAAUAUUAUUUUUCUUCAUGUGACCUGUCAAAGAUGACAGGUGAAUGAGAAAUAUGGCGGAAAGCAAGGAGAGUGAAUACUUGACCUGCUGGGCUGUCCUGUAGGCCUCACUAUUAGUCUCACUUUAUGUGGACAAAAAUCCACCCAGCUCCAUCUGCCUUUCAGGAGCGCCUUCAUUCACUUCCCUGAGGUUUGAAUCUUCUUCCCUCUCUCCCCUUGCAGACAGGCAGCAAAAAUGAUACUUGCAUUACUGGUGUUUGCAUGCUGAGCUGAGAACAAGCCCACUGAAUUUUAGAAUAGACCCCAGAGACUUUCCUGGCUAAGCAGCUUGUUUCUCUCUAUGGCUUUUAAAGCAAUGAAGCAUCUUUCAAUAGCUGGCAUACCUGUUGCAGGGACAUAAUGCUUUCCAAUGCAUCUUAGGUCCACUUGAGCCAGUCUUCAAUUUGUCUUUCUUAAGACUGGUUGUAUUCUAACAGUAGACUAUUACUAAAUGCUUAGCAGGUCUUAGACCUUUCCUUGUUUAGGUUUGUCUUCAUUUCUUGUAUUGAGAGGUUACAAUAUCCCUUUGCAACUUAUACUUCCACAAACUCCACUAUGAAAAUGCAGUAAACAGUCCAAUUCCAAAACCUAACCCCAUGAUGGGCUUUACAGCUUUUAACUUGUCAGGUAUCUUUGUUGUAUGACCCAAGUAACAAAAGAAUUCAGAGUACAAUUUAAAUGGCAAUUUUAUACUGUUUUAAAGAAAUUUAAUCAUUUCUGUUACCAGUACUAAGGUUGUGCUGUGGUUAGAACCUUCAAAGCUGAUUGAGAUUUCUUUCUAGUAAAAUAUGUAAAAGCUCAGGGCAGUGAUUUCAUCCCUGUUAAAUGGGGGCUGGAGUCAGCCAAGAGAAAGGGAGUUUUUAUACCAACAGUAAUUGAAUGGUUGUGGUCUAGUGACAAAUCCCAACUGGCCACAGGAACUCCACACUGAGAAGGUGCUUUAUUGUCAGAUGCCUAGAGAGCGUUAAUGUGUAGGCUUUGGUGAGAGGUUGGUAAAAUAUGAUUGUCACAAAAAGGAGAAAGUGAACUUUGUAAGCAGAAUGGGACAAUUCAAUUUGUGAAUCUUUCAGGAAGGCUGAAGUGCCAGACACAACCUUUCUAGAACAGGUUAAAGUUGCUGCCUUCUGGUACAGGAAAAUAUACACAAAACCACAAGAAUCUGCAAAGGGAAAGGGCGAGGAACACUUCGGGUUUGGUUUGGGGUUUUCUUUGUGUUUUUAAGUUCACAUAAACACCUUCUUCACCUGCACUUGAACCAACCUUGGCACGUGUUCUUGCAAAAGCAAGCUUAAGGCCCUAUCUAGAUAGUAAACAUCCACCUUUAAUCAUAACGUAGAAGAAGCCAGAGGAAGGAUUGGCUAGUAACAUUCAUACAGAAUUUGUUUGGUUUCCAUAUUUAAGCUAGCUUUCAAGGCCAGGCUUAUGUUACUACUGAUGUUAAAUAGGAAAAGGGGUAAAUAGCCAAAGCUACAGCUGCAUCAUUCCAUUCAUGCUUGAAAGAGCUGUCAGGCAAUGGCAGGGGCAGGGUUUUCUCCACAGCCUGUAUUGCAGUGUUAACAUGGGAGAGAACCAAGGCCUUCAUCACAGAAGUGCUCUGAGCAUAAUACAUGAACUUCAGCAACACAGCAGCCCAAAGUGGCUAAAACAGUGAGUUACAUGUCAAAAAAACCUAUACAGGCUGUCCUAAAAAGCAAAACCAACUCAAAGCAGAGCUAGGAUAACCAUUCUGUUCAAAGUACUAGGUCUUGAUUAGUAUUUUGUACUAUUCUACCCAACAACGCCUCUAUUUCCUGGAGGAAAUAAAGCCCCAUAAACUUUUACUGUAAAAUUACAAGAGAGACUCAAAGCAUAAAUCAGGUUUAACUAUUCCUUAUCCUUCACAAUGAAAUUAAACCUGAUUUUGCAGGAAAAAGUUACAAAAUCACUUAGAACUAAGAUAUUUGGAGCGAAGUAAGACCAGAAAAAGAGUGCCAAACUGCUGCUUCAAGUUGUGUCCAACUCUGAAGGAUACAAGAUUUAAACUUUAGCCAAGGGAAAGUAGAUCUAACUCAAUAAAAAGAUAGAAACAAGCUUCUAAAAUGGUAACUCUCUAGCUCUUUGUGGAAAUUUAAGAUAUUCUGGUCACGUUAACACCAUGGUACAACUUUUUUUACAUCAAGGUUUAAAAAUAGAUUUCCUGCCACAUUAAAGGAUUUUUGGGAAGCAGUGUACAAAUCAGAAGUGUCAAAACAAGUGCCUAUUCAAACCAGUUCAAUGCUAAGUCUAGCUUAGGAAAACAAGUUGGAUAUUAAACUGGACGUGUGUUCUGCUUCCAGUGAUGAUAAGAAAUAGCCCCUUCAACUCCCUUAUGUUGCUACAACACAAUUCAACACAUGGUCAGUAUCAAGCUGUCAGUUUAGUUAAUAGUGGAUUUUGACCAGGUGAUUGACACAAAUGUUGCAAGGAUGAAUGUCUCCAUACCACUGUUACAUUAAUUGUACUGAUGGAUCUGAUGUUACUUGAAA